CUGCGCGGACUUACGCAAUCCACUUACUUUACGAGGAAGAAGGCCUUGGAGAAAGGCAAAAGCGAGCGCAAAUCCAGCAGGGAAGCGAGGUGGGCCUUUGGAGGGGACGGCGUUAUCGUAUCAUUGGGCUCAGCAAGGAUGAGAACUGCAGGCUUCUUCCUGGCUGCUCUCUUAAUCCCGUGGGGUAUUUCUCUGGCAAAAUUUGAUGAAUUUGACGAUGGCGACGACAUUGUGGAAUAUGACGAUAACGACUUUGCCGAAUUUGAAGAUGUGAUUGAAGAUACUGUGACGGAAUCUCCCCAGCGGAUCGUCACGACGGAAGAUGACGAGGAGGAGGCCACCAUUGAGCUCGAAGGUCAAGAUGAAAGUCUUGACUUUGAGGAUGCAGAUGCACAGGAAGGUGAUACAGAGAGUGAACCAUACGAUGAUGAGGAGUUCGAAGGUUAUGAAGAGAAACCCGAUGCUUCUCCUGGCAAAAGUGAAGACCUUAUAAAAAUCAUUAAUGUAAGUGCCCGUG